AUGACCUUUACAUUCGGUGAACCAUCCUCACAGGAACAACAACAUCAAGAUCAACAACAACCAUUCAAUUUUUCGUAUGCCGAUGAAUAUACUCAACUCUUGACCGAGCUCCAUGAAGUUUACUGCAAAGAUCAGCCUCAUGAUGUAUUACAGUAUUGUGCCAAUUUCUUUAACCGAAAACUAGAGGAGCAGAGAACCAAUUACUUUCGUGAGCAGCAUGGCUUGGAAACAGAGCAUCAUCCUUUGGCCGAGAAUGGCGCAGCCGGCAGCAUGUUUGAGCCUGCUUACAGUAGUUACAGUAGCAACAGUAGUAGCCAUCACUAUGAAAAUGAUCAAGACAUUGACAAUGACAUUGUGCUCGAUGAAGAGGAGGAAGACGACGAUGAGGAGCGAGACAACUUCUCUACAACACCGCUUAGUAGCAUCCCUGCUGCCGCCAAUUAUAAUCGAGGCAGACGUACCUCAGUCAGUGCAGAGUCGAUGGCUCCCUCUCAGGGAUUUGUCAAGAAGGUAGUUUCCAAAACUCCCGCACAAAUUGAGGGUAUCAAGCAGAGUGUAGGUAGCAACUUUUUGUUCAAAAAUCUCGAUGAAGAGCAUCACCAAGAUGUUGUUGAUGCCAUGGAGGAGAAACAUGUGGCUGAAGGCACAGCCAUCAUCGAGCAAGGCGGGGUGGGCGACUUUUUCUACGUUGUUGAAUCAGGCACAUUUGAUUGUUUCAUUACCAGUCAAGACAAGGACAGCGAAAGCAGUGCCCAGAAAUUAGUAACGACGUAUGAAGCAGGAGGAAGCUUUGGCGAAUUGGCACUCAUGUAUAAUGCACCACGUGCUGCCACCAUUGUAGCUACUUCAAGUGCUGUCUUGUGGGCUCUUGAUCGUGUUACAUUUAGAACCAUUUUGAUGGAAAAUACCUCUCGCAAGCGCAAAAUGUACGAAUCAUUUUUGGAGGAAGUGCCAUUGCUCAAGUCAUUAGAGCCCUAUGAACGCCACAAGAUUGCAGAUGCUUUGGAAUCUGUUUACUUUAAUGAUGGAGACCAUGUUAUCUUGCAAGGCGAUGUGGGGGACCAGUUCUACAUUAUUGAAUCUGGCCUUGCUGUAUUUUACAAGGUAGAUAAGAAUGGAGAUCAGCAAGAAGUGAAUCAGUUUGAAAGAGGGGCCUACUUUGGAGAACUCGCUCUGCUCAACGAUAGUCCCAGAGCAGCUACAGUCGUUGCUAAAGGUAGAUUGAAAUGCGCUACAUUGGGUAAAAAGGCAUUCACAAGAUUAUUGGGGUCUGUUCAUGAGAUUUUAAAACGAAAUUCAGAAAAUUACCAUGCCAUUAUCAGUCAACAACAGCCAUAG